AUGAGCAAAGCUCAUCCACCCGGGUUGAAAAACUAUAUGAGGAAGAAGUUAUCAUUGAAAUUCAAUGGUGACAGGCAUGUCCAAGGGAUAGUUCAGGGACGUGAUCCCUUUAUGAAUCUUGUGGUAGAUGAAUGCGUGGAGACGGCAACUGGUGGACAACAGAACAAUACUGGAAUGGUGUUGACAAGAGGCAAUAGCAUCGUGUUAGAAGCCUUAGCGUGA